CUGCUGCAACCAACCAACCAAUCAGCUGUCCAGGGCGUGGUCUGCCUCAAUCAGUUUAGCACAAUGAAAGAUCCUUUAACUGUGCAGCGAAAAAUGAUCUCUCUUCUCACCUUUCAUUGUGAUGUUGUAGCGCCUCGUCCGAGCAGCUGAUUGUAUCUCCGUUGCAGUUUUCUAUAGGGAGGAAGUGAUAAUAACAACAGGCCUCUCCUGUGCACCCGCCGUAAUAAUGCAUCCGAUGCCUGUGUGCUCCGUGAGCGGCGGAGACAUAUUUGACUGUAUACAGAGAGGAAACAUUGAACUGUGUAUACAGUUCCUUCAAAAUGAUCGAUCAAUCCUCAAGCAAAAAGAAAUCCAGAAAACUGCUGAUGAAUGUUGAACAAGAACAAACCUGUUACGCCAAUGUCAUAUGUCUGUAAUACACAUUUUGUCUUCUUGAAUCUGCAUCUGCAAGUUAAUUAUGUGCAAAUUAUAGUACUGAACAGUCAUUUUUAUAUUAUGUUAUCAUAACAGACCCCGUUUAAACUUUAUCUUGCGCUGGUGUGUCCUGAUGUGAUUUUGUCACAAUGCCAACAGGUAACCUAACCCUGCUGCAGCUCCUCUGUGAGAUGGGCUGGCAUAGAUCUAGAUGGACAGAUCCUGUGACAACACAGCACAAAGUCACAUUGUGCCAAAAGGAAUCCUAACCCCGACUCCAGAGGAUUUUACAGAUCAACAGGCUGACAGGCCGUGCAUUUACGUCAGGCUUAUAUUGUUAUUCACAGAGCCUGAAGAUAAGUUUGAAGGUCUGCAUCUUCAAACCUGAUGUGUUUGUUUUCAUCCAGGCUGGGGUGGCUUCACCCCGCUCCACUACGCUGCCCUCCAUGGUAACCGUGCCAUGGUUGACCUUUUCCUUAGUAAUGGAGCGGACCCUAACAUGGCAUGUGAUGCAGGACAGACGGCCUUUCAUUUUGGCUGCAGGCAAGGGAACAUCUAUAUCAUACACCAAAUGAUGCAGUAUGGAGCUGAUUUGCGCCUCAUAGACCUGCAGGGAAAAACGUCACUGCAUCAUGCGGUCAGUGGGGGAAGCAUUGUCGCAGUGCAUUAUUUGUGGGAGACAGGCAUGUUCCGGUUCUCAGACACAGACAUGUACCAGGUGACACCCCUUCACCUGGCUGCGUCUACAGGCAACACAGAGGUGGUUCGGUAUUUGCUCAAAGAUGAGAGAUGUGCUGUGGAUGCAGUCGACCAGCAGGGAGCGACAGCGCUUCAUGUUGCAGCAGAGAGGGGCGGAGUGGAGGUGUGCUGGACACUGCUGCAGAGAACAGGGUGCAGGAUGCUCUAUCAGAAAAACCACAGUGGCCUCACACCACUGGACCUCAGCAAACAGGGGAAAACAUUUAGACAUCAGCAACUCACCAAGCUCCUGAGUCGGUACAGUAAUGAGCCAAUACACCACAAGCCCAGAGAGUCUCAUGUUUUGUAUUACUGGACACUGUUUUUUCCAACCCUGAGUGGAGCUGCCAUCCUGCUGAUAGCAGCCAUGUUAGGAGGCUAUGGGGGUCUAACCUGCGGUUUGCUCUUCCCCUGGCUGGCCAGAAGCAUCUUCACACAGUAUCACCGCAUGACCACAUACCAAAGGUUACCCAAUCCAAUCUACUUGGGAACCCUUAUAGCUGGUUUGUUUCAUUCCCUACUCUGCUUCUAUGGAAAAGUAAUGCCUAGUGUGUGGCCAACCAGUGCUCUGGUCCAGGUGUCAAUGGUCCACUUCUCCCUAGUUCUCUGUUUGUUCUGUAAAGUUCUGACUCAGGACCCCGGGACACUGGACAGAGCAGAUGCAGAUCCACGCUUCUCCUGUAUCGCUGAUCUGGUGGAGAAUAACCAGAGCCCUCACAGGUUCUGUCCAUACUGUGAGUUGUUUCCGCCGGACUACACUAAACACUGCAAGCUGUGUGACAUGUGCAUUAAAGACUACGACCACCACUGCCUUUUCCUCAACCGGUGCGUCGGCCGGGGUAACCACCGCCUCUUCCUCUUCUUCAUCCUCUCCAUGGUGAUUGCCCACCUUCUUUUUGUUGCCACAGCAACAAGUUACCUGUUUGACAAGAUGCCUGCAGGCAGUCGCAGCUGGUCAUUGUGGCUCACGUUGCUGGGGGAGGAGUUCUGGGUUGUGGUCAUGAUGAUCAUGAAUGCGCUGACACUCCUUUGGGAGGUGUGGCUAUUGACCGAGCAGUUUGAUGCGGUUGCCACGGGAACGACCACCUACUUCCGACAGUGUGAAAGCUCGGCACGACAGAGGUCACUAGGACAACGCUGGGUUAUAGUGCUGUCAUUCCUGCUGGAGGGUCGGAGACGGGUGGGCAGUGGACAAAUAAGAGAGGACAAAACUGCCAUAGACAUUUAAAAGUCUGUCUCGUAUCUAGCCAUCUGUUACAUCAUAACUCACUUACAAAUGUACAUUCUCAGUUUACAGAGUAUUUUGUGUGCACUCAACUUUGUGAGAAUGUCCUCUUUAGAUUCGGUAACUAUUUCAUGCCAUAUAACAUGUUGUACUUGAAUAGAAACAUGGUUAUAUCCUAAUAUUCUAUUUUAAUAUACAGUAAGAUAUAGAAUAGUUCCAUCAACAUAUUUGUUCACAAAGUGACUAGCAGGAUAACUUGCACUAAGAGUUUAAAUGUUCCCCUAGUUUUUAGAGACCUCACUGAAUAAUUGUCAUAAUCAACUUAUUGGUUUAUAUUGUUCUGUGUAAAGUACUGGAUAUUCCCUAAACUGUGUUUUAGCAGUGUCUGAACGAGUGCUCACAGUCACACCUGUUUUUAUACUCCACAUCAGCAUACUUUUUUUUUUAACAUCAUAGUUAUUGUUGUAUUAAAUAAAAUUGUGUCACAGUGUAAGGCGAUAAUUUAAGGUUGUGAGGAUUUGUGUACUCACAACAUUAGCACGUCUUGUGAUUAGCUAUCGAUAAUGGUUAAUAGCAAGUCCACUGAAAGGCUUUGUUCCUAACGUAAUGUCACUGCCUCUCUGACCUGCUCCCAGUCAUUUGGGCCAUGACACUUCCUCUGCUCUCACUAAUGAGACAUGCUUUUUUCAUGCCUUCAAUUAAACACACUCAUUUCCUAUGUGUCCCUCAGGACCAUAUUUCUAGAUUAUAGAUGAUGUUCUCCACACCCCUCAGAGGCUCGUGUGUCUGGACUAUGUGAGUGGCUACAUCACGUGAUAUUAUUUAGUGUCUACUGUACUGGCCGUCAUGCAUAUUGGAGUGGUUAAGAUGGAUGCAUGUAAGCCUGUGAAACUGAGCGCUUUUUUCUCUAUUUCUCCGUUCCUGGAUCAGUGUUAUUGUAUUUAACUGGCUGCCAAUUGUUGAUAUCCAAAUAUAAUUUUAUGUGUACUAUGUAUUUUAUCUGUGGUUUCUGAGAUGACAUAAUAUGUUUAAUAAAUCACUAAAGUCUGCCAUU